AUGAUCCACACCUUCAUUAUCCACACCUGCAUUAUCCACACCGGCAUUAUCCACACCGGCAUUAUCCACACCGGCAUUAUCCACACCGGCAUUAUCCACACCGGCAUUAUCCACACCUGCAUUAUCCACACCGGCAUUAUCCACACCAAAGACCAGACGAGACCACCAAUGGAGCGGGCAACGUUACACUCGGCCGUGCCCUCCCCGACCACUGGCCACUCGGCCAAGCCCUCCCCGACCACUGGCCACUCGGCCAAGCCCUCCCCGACCACUGGCCACUCGGCCAAGCCCUCCCCGACCACUGGCCACUCGGCCAAGCCCUCCCCGACCACUGGCCACUCGGCCAAGCCCUCCCCGACCACUGGCCACUCGGCCAAGCCCUCCCCGACCACUGGCCACUCGGCCAAGCCCUCCCCGACCACUGGCCACUCGGCCAAGCCCUCCCCGACCACUGGCCACUCGGCCAAGCCCUCCCCGACCACUGGCCACUCGGCCAAGCCCUCCCCGACCACUGGCCACUCGGCCAAGCCCUCCCCGACCACUGGCCACUCGGCCAAGCCCUCCCCGACCACUGGCCACUCGUGUUAA